AUGGAGACAGCGAUCAAUGACAUCCCAACUAGGGUAUUGAUGGAUUUAAGGGUCAUUCAUAACUUCCUAUAUAAAAGGAAAGCUAGCUGCCUUGCAUUAAGGCUGGUCUAAAUCAACAACAUGAUCAAAGUUGUCAACUCAAAAGCCUAAGUAUCUGUUGGGUUAGCUUGAUAAGUGAAAACUCAAAUGGACACAUGGAAAGACAAGUUUGAUUUUCUGGUCCUAUGGAAGGAAAACUUUGACAUCAUCUUAAGUGUGGACUUCGCAAUCAAGGCAAAGGUUAGAUUUUUUUUCUGUUGUAAUAAAUUAAUUAUCUAUAGAUAAGAUCAGUCUUAUGUUACAUAGGGAUCUACACAAGAGGCAAAAAAACCCCAACUGAUAUUGGUCAUACAAUUCAAAUUCAAUCUUUGGUGGACACCAACACAUUUCUCAUUACCUUACAAGAAAUAUGAAAGGAAGAAAAGUUGGUGGGCCAUCAUCAAAUACCGUCUAAGCAAGAUAUAGAACAUAUUAUUGAGUUGUUAUUAGGAGAAUGUCUUUCAAGUAAGACCUCAUACAAGAUGCCUCCAACACACUUAAAAGAGUUGAGCAAAUAGUUGUAAGAAUUGUUAGGAGCUGAGCACAUUCGUUGUUCACAUGCACCAUUUGGUGCACCAGUUCUUUUCUAGUGGAAUAAAGAUAGAAUCUUUAGACUUUGUGUGGAUUCUAAGACCUUGAACAAGAUUACGGUGAAGAACAAGUACCCAAUGCCUAAUGUGGAGGACUUAUUCAAUCAACUUGGAGAGGCCCGAAUCUUCUCAAAGUUGGACUUAAAGAGUGGCUACCAUCAAGUCUGAAUCAUUAGGGGUGACAAAUAGAAGACAAUGUGUGUUACAUACUAUGGGUCAUAUAAAUUUAUAGUGAUGUCUUUUGGGUCAACAAAUACCCCUACCACAUUUUGUACACUCAUAGAUCACAUAUUUUGAUCAUUUUUAGAUAAAUUUUUUGUUGUAUACUUAGAUGACAUCUUGGUGUAUAGUCAUACUAUGUAGGAAUAUUUGUCAUACUUAUGAUAAUACUUAAAACCUUGAAGCAUAAUAAUAUAUAUAUGAAUCUGACAAAGUGUGCAUUUGCCAUUAUAGAAGUCAAAUUCCUUAGUCACAUAGUUGAUAAAGAAAGAGUAUAGAUGGAUCAAAAGAAGAUGAUGGCAAUUGAAGAAUAACUAGUGCCCAAAGGAGUGACCGAACUAAGGUCAUUCUUGGGACUUGUAAAUUAUUAUCACAAGUUCAUACUGCACAUUUCUCAAAUAACUACACAAGUAACAAAGCUCCUCAUGAAAGAUCAAAAGUGGGUAUUUGAUAAGUCUUCAUUAUUAUGAGUUAAUAGUUAAUAAAUAAUAUAUUUUAAAUCUUAACUUAUGAUAAAUAGAUUUAUAUUUAUGUUAAUUUAUAAAAAGUGUUUUUAAUUAGUUAAUGUGAUUUUUUUAUUUAAUUAUAUAAUUUUAUAUAAUUUUUAUAAUCCUAUUUUUGAGAUAAAUAGAGAAAAAGAAAAAAAAAAAGAAGGACCCAUUGGCUAGCUAGGCUCGCUAGUAGGUUGAAAACAUAGUCGAGGUGGAGCCAUGAGCAAGGGCUCAAAUAGCUAUGGACUGAUGGGGGCACGUGUGCAUCACCUCCCUUUCAUGUCACUAGUGGUCAACUAACUAUGGGGCAAGGAAUAGUCAUACACACGCGAGGAAGAGACUCAUUGAUUCCAAAUCUCACGUUACCAUAUAUGCGUCUCAACUCCAAAGUAUAAUAGAUGUGGGACUAAACCAAUAGUCACAUCUUUUUUGGAAUAUUUUCAAAGAUUUUAAUACCAAAAAUACCUGUUAUAUAACAACGAGAUAUCAUGAUGAUGUUACUCAAUAAGGGUAUUUGAGAACUUAUUCCUUCUCUCUUAUGUAGGUAGACAACCAACAUAAGUUCAAAUCUCACCAAAGCUAAAACUCAUAUUUUUAUUUGAUUAAAUCAUGACUUUCUUGUAGAUCAUCGAUGAAGGAUUAAGCCACUAGAGUCAUUUUAUCAUCGACGAAAAUCUCAUCAAUGUGAUUUAUGGAGUAUUGUUACUAAAAUUAUUAAAUGAUUUGUAAUAAAAAGAUCAUGAAUCUAUUAAGUAAAUCAUCUCUAAUUGAUCAACGAACAAGUCAUCAUUGAGAAGAAGAUGAUCUGUUAAAAGACGAGUCAUCACCUCUUGAGAGUGUACUAGAUGUGAUGGAGAGCCUCCUCUUAUUGCACAUACUUAAGGAUGAAGCACCCUAACAUGCGCCCCACCUCCAUCUAGCUUCUCUCUAUCAAGUGACUAUCGUCAAAGAGCUGCAAAGUUACUAUUUUUCUACUUUGUUGAGUGACAACUGUUAGAGAUGAUUCAACAAUUCAAUUCAUUGAUCUCUUAACUUUAUAAGAAUAUCUAGAGAUUGCUCACAUCAUCCUUGUCCAAUCUUCUUGAACACUCAAGAUUUUAGUACAUUAUUGACGUAUUCUUGCUAUGACUUCGGAACUUUAUUUUCUUAUUUUUAACUUAGUUUUUAUUUUAUUGAGUGAUAAUUUAUGUGAUUUAAAUUUAUCAAAUUAUUCUUCAUUUAAUUACAAUUCUUUUAACUUUUACAGAUCUUAAUUUGAUCAAUUAAAUCAUUUGUAGUAAUUUAUAUAAGAAUCACCAGACAUAAUUUUAUUUUAGCCCAAUUCAUGUUCAUUGGUUGCUGAUGUCAUCAUGAUGUUUACACUCUUAUUUUUCUUUUUUUGUGAAUUAUAAAUAUAUUUUAUUUUUAUUUCUUAAUCUAAAAUUCAUAAAAAAUUGUAUUCUUUGAGGAAAAUUCUGAAAAAUAACCUGAUAUUAUAUUAUAUCCCUUUGAUCAACUUAUAAAAUUUUCACUAUUUUUGAAAAUUUUAUUGAAAUAUUUUGAUAUAUUUGUUUAGAAAUACUUCUAAAUAUCUAAAAAUUAUUAUUUUCUAGUUUUAUAAAUUUUAAAUUUACGUGAUUUACUAUAGAAUGAGUAAGUCAUGUUUAUAAUAAAUCACAUAAAUAUCUAUGUGCAAUGGUCACAAAGAAAUCAGUGCUUCAACUCUCAAACUUAAACAAGUCUUUUAAGAUAUAUAUAGAUAUAUCAAAUUGAACCAUUGAAGGGGUCUUGAAGAAAGAAGAACAUUCGAUUAUAUUUGAAGGCUAAAAAUUGAGCAAUACAGAAUAACGCUAUUUGGUACAUAAGAAGGAGAUAAAUUAGUAGUAUAGACAAUAGUGGUACACUAUUUAUGACUAUGAUGACAAUACCUUUUAGGUAAUUUUUUUAUUGUCUAUAUUGACAAUGUUGCCACUAGUUGUUUUAACUCCCAAAAAAAAAAAUUAGCUAAGUAUAACUUCUCACUCAAAUACAAAUCGAGGCAUACCAAUGUGGGUAGUCCUUGAGCUAACAAGUACCACAAAUGGAAUGGUUGCCCUCUCAACCAAUACCAACAACUUACUAGAUGACAUACAUGCAACAUAUGACACAGAUCUAAUAGCCAAACAUCUCAUCCAACAAAUAGAGAUGGGAGAAACUUGAUGAUUCCGAAUGGAGGAUGGUAUUAUUUAUCUAGAAGGUUAUCGACCCUAUGUAUUGUAGAGAGGGCAACUACAAUGACGAUUCUUGUGGGAGACACAUGAUACACUUCAUGUAAAACAUCCUAGAGAGUAAUAGACACAAACUUUGUUAGUUGAUAGUUGCUUUUAGCCUAACAUAGAACAAGAUGUGGAAACAUAUGUCCACUCAUGUCUGAUUUGUCACUAAGACAAGGUGAAAUGACGAAACACUACAAAAACAUUAGAGCCCUUACCCAUACCAGAGGGAUUGUGGGAGUCUUUGUCCAUAUAUUUCAUCACAUGCCUCUCAUAAGUGGGUGAGCAUGAUGUCAUUUUGGUGGUGGUUGACAAGUUUUCCAAAUAUGUGAUGUUUACACCUACAUGGUUUGAGUGCAAGGCAAAAGAAGUGGCCAAAUAGUUCUUGACACACAUCGUCAAGUUGUGGGGUAUACCAUGAGAUAUUGUCUCUAAUCAUGAUCCAUGCUUCAUGGGAUGAUUUUAGUUAGCUCUCUUCAUCUCUCUUAGCAUAGAACUUAACUUCUCCAUUGCUUUCCAUCUAUAGAUAAAUGGUCAGACCAAGAGAAGAAAUAAAAUGUUAGAAGAUUAUCUAAGUCAUUAUGUCACUACAUGACAAGACAAUUGAGUUGACCUAUUUGAUGUCACCCAAUUCGUCCACAAUAUUUAAUAGUGCAUACCAUAGGACACUCACCUUUUGAGUUAGCCAUCAGCCAGCAACCUCUAACACUCCUAGAACUUGUCAAACAACAAGGUCUAAGGUAUUUGUCAACUGCCUACCACUUUGUCAAAAACCACAAUGACCUCAUUGAAGAGGUUUGAGAAGCAUUAACAAAGGUAACUUAGAGGAUGAAGAAAAAUCACAAUCAUUAUCAAUGAGAUGUUGUGAUGUGAGACCAAAGAGAAAUAUCAAUACUAAAAAAAAAGUUAGGAUUUAAGAUUGUCCUUGGCUAACUUUAGGAGGAAUAUGAUUACGCUAAUCUUGCUGAUUUAAAAAAAAUUAAGAUCAUAGUUACUUGAGAAGAACCACACUUUUAAAAAUUCAGAUAAAGUUUUAACUAAGGGUGUUUAAGAUCACUGAUAAAAGGCACAAAGAGGGCUAUCAUAUGAUUCACUUAGUUCUUAUAAGGAGUAAGGAUAUAAAAUAAUAAUCACUCUACAAAGAGACUCGAAAUCAACGUAUCUUGUCAAAGAAGAUUCUUAAUUGAUUUUUUUGAUUCUAGUGACUUGAGAUCCACGAGCCUUGUUGAGAAUUUUCUAAUAGGUGAUGAUUUAGAAAAAUGGAUGAUUUUAGCUAAGUAACUAAGGUCCACAAAGUAUUUAGAUAAUUAAAAAUAUAAAAAAUAAAAACGGUGUAAAUGAGGAAUAGUAUGAAUAAUAGAAUGAAAUAAUGAUAAGAAGAAAGAAAAGGUGUGGAAAGUAAAAAGGAGCAGAAUGAGAGGGCAUUGGCAGGAGAGAGAGAGAGAGAGAGAGAGAGAGAGAAUGAGGGGAUACGUGGCGAUGAUGGGAGAAACAAAAAAGGGGGUUUCGGUGGGAGAGAGAGAGAGGGGCAUUCUCGUGAUGAGGGAAAUGUGGGCGAAUAAUUAAAUAAUACAUAAAAGGGCGGAGGGAGAAAAAGGUGGCGGAAUGAGGGUGGCAGUAGGAGAGAGGGAAAAGAGGGGUUUUGUGGCGACAAUAGGAGAGGGAAAAGGAGAGGGUUUGCGACGCCGAGGAGAUGAAGUGGCGGGGAUGCGAUAGACGGCAAGGAGCCGGAGUGGCGGAGACAAGGUAGACGGCGAGGAGGCGGGACAACGGUGAGGGGGCGGAUGGCGAGGAGGCGAGAUGACAAUGAUGGGAUGGCUGGUGAGAAGGGGAGUGGCGGCGACGGGCGGACGGCAAGGAGGGGAAAUGGCGACGACGGGGCAGAUGAGGAGGAAGAUGAACGGCGGUGUCGGGGUGGAUGACGAGGAGGCGGAACGGCGGCAACGGGGUAGAUGGCGAGAAGGGAGAAUGGCAGCGAUGGGGUAAAAGCCGAGGGUGACGUGAAGAGGAAGAGAUGGAGGUCCCCCUAAUCCAAGAGGGAGAGAAGAAGAGAGGAAGGCCCUAGUCCAAGAGACGAUAAAAGGAAGGGAGGAACCUUCAGUCCAAGAGGCAACCUUCUAAUCCAAGAAGGUAAGAUAAACUUCUUGAUUAAUUAUGUAUCAUUAUCUCAAAUACAACACAAGUCUUAGCAUUUAUAGAGGGAAAAAGAAGAGUGGUGGCUUUUCAUAGAAUAGAGAGAACAAAAAAGACGGGGUGAAGUAGACACCCUUUCCCAAGAGAUGCCAUGUGGCGCCUCUUGGUUGAAACGACGCCCGAUUUAAGGAGAGGAGGGACGUGAGGAUGGCAUGACAUCUUCUCCCCAUUCUUCUUCUUCUUCUUGUUGGACCAUCCUUUGUGGAUGGAUCCUCUUGCUUGCUGGUAGAGACCCAUUGAUCUUGAAUCCAAUAUUCCAUGUUAGAUCCAAUAAAGGAGGAAGCUGUUGGUUGACUUGGAGGUGAACUCUUCGAGGUGAAAUAACCCUAAUCCUUACACUUCUUCUUAGAAGGGUUGAUCUCAAAGGUUGAACCUCUGAUUGACCAUCUUCCACUAACUUGAGUUGACUUUCUUAAGUGAAAGAUUCUUCAUUGGAUUCGGUGAUCUCAUCAUGUUGAGUUUGUAAUAGGUAAUUGAGUAUUACUUUAUAUCUAUCUUACCCUCAAGAGCCUCCAACGAUAGAAAUGUCACAAUAAAUUAAUACUUUGGUUUGAUGGACCUUUCUAAAUUGUGGCUCGAGUAGGAGGUUAGCCUAUUGGCUCCAAGUCCCUUCACACCUUUUAGUGCACUCAGUUUUCCACAUCUCCAUAUUUAAAGUUCAUCAUGUAGAUGAAGAAGAACUAUAGUGGAACCAACCACACCAACCUCCGCCAAUGAUAUAGAUGUGUUACUCCACCUCAACAUUAGUUAUAUUUUAUCACCAAGUGAUUGAAAGGGUGGAUGCAAUCACAUCCACUAUAAAACUUUUUAUCUCAUUAAUUGCGUAGGACAACCAAAUUAG